GUUUCCAAGUUUAAUGUGCUCAGAGCAGAAAACGCGAGUGGACGUCUGUCAGAAAACGCGAUAAGUGAAAAGUAAAUACGAUCUAGCGUUGCUGUUGGUCCUGUCCCAAGGAAACACCCCAAACAAAAAAAAAAAACAAAAUGGCUCUGGUGCCGGCUACAAACAAUACGGAUUGGGAUUACUGGGAUUACCGUCGUCGUCUGUGGCGCGAUUGGGAUCUGAACGACUGGGAUUUGCCCUACUGGAAGCGGUCACUAUCCCGCGUUGGAUCCGCACCCGAUCUAAGUCGGGUGAUUGUCGGCAAGGAUGGCUUCGAGGCCAAUGUGGAUGUGCACCUGUUCAAGCCCUACGAGAUUAGCGUGAAGACCACGGGCGACACUGUCGUCGUGGAGGCGAAGCACGAGAAGCGACGGGAUGGUGACACCUUCGUGGGUCGCCACAUCGUCAAGCGGUUCGUCCUGCCCCGAGGAUACUAUCCCAACGAUGUGCGAUCGGAACUGUCCUCCGAUGGCAUACUCACCGUCAAGUGUCCGCCGUAUUUGACCAACGAGCGGAGUGUGUACGUCCGCCAAGUGGGUCCAUCGUAUCUAAGCAUCAAGAACUAAUCCAAGUCUAUAGCAACGUAACUCCGUGUUUUGUUCUUAGUUACUUUCUGUUGGAGCUAAAAUUAAGACAAAAGUAAUGCACAUAUUUCUAAGACUAGAAUUGGACUCUUUUUGUAAUUAACAAAGCAACGUUUGUUUAGUUAAAUAAAAUAAAAGUUUAAUUUAUUAAUAAUGAA